UCUCAGCUGUUCAACAGAGGCGAAUUUGUUAUCGUACAUCUUCCCCAACUUCAUAUUUAUCAAGUUUAUCUAAAAGUAAUGUGUUUUUAUAUUGAGCUUUAUCCCAUCAUUGUGCUUGUUUAAUUUAGAAAGAUAAGUAUAAAGUUCACAUGUUGCUCGGAAUAUGCUCUACCAAAGUGUUGGUAUGUCCCAAAUUUCGCAAAACAAUCUGCCAGUCCAAUGUAUAAGUGCAACCUUAAACCACCACGUUGAGCGUAUAUUUACACCAAUCAGAUUGUCAACAUUUUCCCUGCCACACAGGAGCACAUAAAUUGAAUCCCACCCCGUCGUAAUCUUAUCGCAUCGACCCGUCACAGACAAAAAACUUGUUAUAUUUUUUCUUGUUGUUUUAAGUGGUAAAGAGACACGGGCGCUUGUAUUAUGAAAUAUAAGUCCUGUUGCGGUGCGGCGUAAUUGCAGAACAAUUCGAACAAGCGUGCAAUAUAGAGCAAAAAGUGCAAUAUUUUAUCAGAAAGUAAGCUAUUAUGGAUCCGAGGAUUCUGGUUAUUGGAGCUGGAGCGGCGGGAGUGGCCGCGGCCACCCGGUUGAUCGCCAAGGGGUACAAGAAUUUGACCAUUUUGGAGGCGGAGAACCGGAUCGGUGGGCGGAUCCACACGGUACCAUUUGGUGCCAACGUGGUCGACCUGGGAGCGCAGUGGUGUCACGGUGAGACGAACAAUGUGUGCUAUCAGCUGGGGUCAAAGCUCAACGUGUUCGAUUCCAAUACGGCACGGUACGAGAACUUCGAGUUGACCAAGUCCAACGGGGAGCGCGUUCCGAUGGAGCAGAGCGAGAGGUUGAUGGAAGCCAUGUGGACGAUACUGGGAACGCACAAGAAUGAGCUGAGUCAUUAUAGGGGAUCGCUGGGGUCGUUUGUGUUGGAGAAGUUCCGGUCGUUCUUGGAAACUCCGGAGUAUGGAGACAUAGAUCACGAUACGGCGUAUCAGUUUUUGGAGUUCUUCCACAAGUUUGAAAACUCGAUUGAAUCUUCCGAUAGUUGGUUCGAUACCUCGGGACCGGGAUAUCUGCACUACUGGGAGUGCGAUGGCAACCCACUGCUGAACUGGAGAGACAAAGGCUACAGAACAAUCUUUGAGAUUUUGAUGCAACGUUACCCACUGCCUAUUGCAAAAGAUGCUAUCAACUUGGAAGAAUACACUCAUUUCAACAAGUCCGUAGCUAACAUUUGCUGGAACUCAGGACCGGAUCAAACCGUGUCGGUUCGGUGCACAGAUAACACCGUGUAUGACGCUGACCACGUCAUCAGUACAGUAUCUCUUGGUGUCCUGAAGGAACGCUACGACACGCUGUUCACGCCCAAGUUACCUCCAAUCAAAGUCAACGCCAUCCAAGGUCUCUCGAUCGGAACGGUCAACAAGCUGUUCUUGGAAUUUAAUAAGCCUUUCUGGCCAAAAGAUUGGCAAGGACUCAGUCUUUUGUGGACCAAGUCCGACCUGGAAGCGGUACGAUCCUCCAAGAACAGCUGGAUGGAGGACGUGUUCGGCUUCUACACCGUGGAUUACCAGCCAAACGUCCUGUGCGGCUGGAUCUCCGGCAAAAACGGUCGCAAAAUGGAACGCAUCAGCGAGGACGAAGUCCGCAAAGUGUGCAUGCACCUGCUGCGGAAGUUCAUCAAGAACACCACCAUCCCAGAGCCCAAGUCCUUCCACCGAACCACUUGGUACUCCAAUCCAAACUUCCGUGGGUCGUACAGCUUCCGAUCGAUGACGACGGAUUUGCUUAACACAUCGGCUGAACACUUGGCGCUUCCGCUGACAAAUUCCUGCGGAAUUCCGGUGGUUCAGUUCGCCGGAGAAGCUACCCACAGCCAUUACUAUUCGACCGUUCACGGGGCGAUCGAGACGGGUUGGCGCGAGGCGGACCGGUUGGUGGGUCUUUACGAGAGGCUUUUCACGACUCGAACCGAGCAAGGACCGAAGGCGUACGUUGACGUAUUGAUUUUAGGUGCCGGAAUGGCCGGGUUAGGUGCCGCAAAAGCGUUACGAACCUCCGGAAAGACGUUUGCCCUGUUGGAGGCACAGUCUGUGGCAGGAGGUAGAAUCAGCACCGUUCCCAUGAAGGCCCAAGCUGGAGUAGAUCGAGAGGGGCCACGAAUUGACGCCGGAGCUCAGUGGUUGCAUGGAAGGCAGAACGAUCUGCACGGGAUUGCGGUUGAAAAUGACUUGCUGAGGGAGGAACUGUCCGAAGAGGGUUUGGGCGAUUACCUGAGAGACGAUCGGUACCGAGUUGAUGACUUCUUGGUGCAGAAAGUGGACUUUCUCGUCGGACAAAUACUGGAAGAGUGUGAAGGGUUUGCUAAGAAGGGCUGUGAAGAGUUUCCGACCUCGGUAGACACUUAUCUUAGAGAACAGUUUGAGCGAAGGAUUGGAGAGACGUUCCGGCAGGAUGAGCAGGAACUAGCUAGACAACUACUGGAUUGGCACAUUCGAUUCCAAAUUAUAGACAAUUCUUGCAUGAGCAUGAAGGAUAUUUCAGCGAAGCUAUGGGGAAGCUACUCGUUCAACGGCGAGAGUUGCCAAGCUCACAUCAACAUGAAAUACGGCUUUCAAGCUCUGGUGGAUUGCCUGGUAGACGACAUUGGUCACGAAAAGAUAGUUUUCAACAAGGAAGUCAGCGAGAUUCGCUGGAAGGACUUGAAGUCACGUGUUGUAGUGAAAUGCUCCGACGGAACAUCCUACAGCUGCCAGCAUCUCAUCGUAACUUUCUCGCUUGGUGUUCUCAAGGCAUCGCUCAACAAACUCUUCCAACCUGCCCUACCCAAGUCCUACCGGCGGUCUAUCCGAAACAUUGGAUUUGGAACGAUAGACAAAAUCUUCCUCCAAUUUGAAUCCGCAUGGUGGGAAGACAGCCAAGGAAUCCAGCUUGUUUGGAGCGACACCUUGGAAAAGGACUCCCACUGGACGCGAUACCUGUCCGGGUUCGACAUAGUUGACCCCGGACCACCAAACACUCUGCUGGGCUGGGUCGGAAGCUACGGAGCGCUCGAGAUGGAGAAGCUGUCCGACGAGCAGAUCGUCGAUGAUUGCGUCUUCAUACUGAGAAAGUUCACCAACAAAAAGGUCCCAGAACCGAUCAAUUUCUACUGCACCCGAUGGCACUCGAACCCGUUCGUCCGGGGUUCCUACAGCUACACCUCGACCAACUGUGACUACGAGCCGGACUUUCAACGGUCGCUGCUGGAAACCCUGAUCUGCGAUGGGCACGAAACGAAGACCGGCGGUUCAAUACAGGCCGGAAAGAGCGAUUCGGCCACGGUUCGAUUUGCCGGAGAGGCCUGCCACCCCAAGUACUUUUCCACCGUCCACGGAGCAUAUCAGUCCGGUUUGGAGCAAGCGCAAAAGUUGCUCCAUUAGGAUUAAAAUUGAUUGUUUUAAAAAGCUGGAUUCUUUUUCUACUUGAAUGUUUUAAUUGUUAUUUUAAUAAAAGCUUCCUGAGAAGA